AUGUGCUACAUUCUAAUCUUAACAUUUUCAAUUCUACUUUUGCGUUUGGUUUGUGUAAUAAGCAAACCUUGGCUGUUUUUUGGUGCUGCAAAUCAACAAGCAUUCUUCAAAGUUGAUCCCAGAACUAGAAUACCUGCAGAUGUUCCAAGACAUUUUGACUCUAUACAGGGAAGAAAGGUAUUGGAGGAAUAUGAAGAAGCAUUGAUGGGAGUGAGUAGGAUUGGGUCAAGACCACCAAGAUGUGAACACAAAUGUGGAGGAUGCAUUCCUUGUAACCCAAUUCAGAUGCCUACCAACAAAAAUCAUAUUGGUAUUCAGUAUGCCAAUUAUGAGCCUGAAGGAUGGAGAUGCAAGUGUGGCACUUCUUACUUUAACCCCUAA